UGUGGGCCAACAGGAGAGGGAAGGCUGGGUGGGGGCAGAACAGAAGGGAAAGGACAGCAGGGCGGACACUCUCCCCAACACCUGCACCUGGUCACUUGAUUCACCCUCAAACUCCCUUUAAAGGAUCAGUGGACCAACGUCCUGUCCACAUCACGGUGAUGGUUGCUGCCAUCCAGGCUUAAACUUUUUGGAAAGAGUGAAACAAGCGUUCAGGGAUCCGCUGUGUGUUUUUCUUUUUUAAUGUUUCAUGGAAGAAAUGCCGUCGGUUAAUAUCGACUGAUUAGGCAGCGUCUCUGCUUUUUUUUCUCUCAAGGGGAAUUUGCAAACCUAUCGGAUUGUUUUAUGCCUGCGCAGCGCUGCUGAGGGAGAUUUUCCAAUCCAGCUCUGAAGGCACAAAACGCGGGGAAUGCAGCAGUAACAUCCCGCAAGUUUCGGAUCUCAGAGGCGUAGCGGCUAUCGAGAGAGUCAGAAAUUAAAGAUUUAGAUCUCUGUGGGCUACCUGCAUGACUGUUACCAUGACAGCAUCUGGAGCCCAACUCCUCCUGUUGGCCUUAUGUGUUUACAGAGGCUCGGGCCUGCAGCAGUCUGCUCCGCGGGUUCGCCUCUCCUUCAAAGAACUGAUGGACACAAAGGCAGCGCGACCCUUCAGUUUCUCCUUUAACACCAGCGACUACCGCAUCCUCCUGAUGGAUCAGGAUCAGGGCCGUCUGUACCUGGGCAGCCGGGAGUACCUGGUGGCUCUGGACAUGCACAAUGUCAACAAGGAGCCACUCAUAAUCCAUUGGCCAGCAUCUGCUAAGAGAAAGGGAGAAUGUCAGAUGACAGGAAAGGGAAGACAGGGUGAAUGUGCCAACUUUGUGCGGAUGAUAGAGCCAUGGAACCGCACCCACCUCUACACCUGUGGAACAGGGGCGUACCAACCUAUCUGCACAUUCAUCAACAGAGGCUGGAGGGCCGAGGACUACCUGUUUAGGCUGGUCCCUGGGUAUGUGGAUUCAGGAAAGGGAAAAUGUUCCUAUGAUCCCAAACAGGAGAACAUUGCCAUUCUGAUCCAUGGUAACCUAUAUGCAGGGGUCCAUAUUGACUUCAUGAGUACAGAUGCUGCUCUGUUUAGGACCAUGGGAGGGAGAACAGCAAUCAGGACAGAGCAGUAUGACUCCAGGUGGCUUAAUGAGCCUGUGUUUGUUCAGAUCCAGCAGAUUCCUGACAGUGCAGAAAGGAACGACGACAAACUUUACUUCUUUUUCCGUGAGAAGAGUCUAGACUCGAGUGGUGGGGCGAGCCCCAGCGUUUUAGCCAGGGUGGGAAGAGUGUGUCUGAAUGAUGAAGGAGGGCAGAAGUCCCUGGUGAACCGCUGGACGACGUUCCUGAAGGCGCGCCUUAUCUGUUCAGUGAUAGGCGAAGAUGGAGUGGAGACACGAUUUGAUGAACUACGGGAUGUGUUUAUUCAGCCCACACAGGAUGAACGAAACCCUAUGGUGUACGCUCUGUUCACUACAGCAGGCUCUGUGUUCAAGGGCUCAGCAGUCUGCGUGUACUCAAUGGCUGAUAUCCGCAACGUCUUCAAUGGACCGUUUGCCCACAAACAUGGCCAUAAUUACCAAUGGACAGAGUACAAUGGCAAGAUUCCCUAUCCACGGCCUGGAACAUGUCCAGGAGGAACCUUCACUCCUGGUAUCCAGUCCUCUAAGAACUUUUCAGAUGAAGCUGUGAAUUUCAUCAGAGCCCAUCCUCUAAUGUUCCAUCCAGUUUAUCCAAUCCACCGCCGCCCCCUGGUGGUGAGAACUGGCGUGGACUACCGCUUCACUGCCCUGGUGGUGGAUCAGGUGGAUGCUGUGGAUGCACGCUAUGAGGUGCUCUUCCUGGGGACAGAUCGAGGCACUGUCCAAAAAGUUAUAGUUUUGCCCAAGGACCCAACUAGCAUGGAGGAGCUGACACUAGAGGAAGUGGAGGUUUUCCGGACCAGAGCUCCGGUCAAAACGAUGAAGAUAUCCUCUAAAAGACAACAGCUGUACGUGUCAUCAGACGCGGGGCUGACUCAGGUGUCGCUGCACCGCUGUGGUGUGUAUGGCAGGGCCUGCUCUGACUGCUGUCUGGCUAGAGAUCCCUACUGUGCCUGGGAUGGAGAGAGCUGCUCUGCCUUCACCCCGUCCACCAAGAGGAGGAGCAGAAGACAGGAUGUUAAACAUGGUGACCCGCUGAGGCAGUGCAGAGGCUUUAAUGCCAAAGUGGAGAAACGUCUGAGAGAAACAGUGCAGUUUGGGGUGGAAGGCAGCAGUACCUUCUUGGAGUGUCAGCCUCGUUCUCCCCAGGCCACCGUCAAGUGGCUCUUCCAGAGGGAAGGAAAGAGGAAAGUGCUCAACCGCAUAGGAGGUAUUCUGAAGACCAAUCAUGGUAUCCUCCUGAAGUCUCUCAACCAAUCAGACGCGGGGCUCUACCACUGCCUCGCCACUGAGAACAACUUUAAACACACAGUGGCCCGCGUGGCACUGCGCAUCCUGGAUAGAGACAUCGUUUUAGCUCUCACUGCUCAAGAUGAGGAUGAAGAGCCAAAAACUCGCCAAGCGGGACCUUAUCCGCAGUCAUCCCUCGUCUCCACUCCCUUCCCACCCGAGAUUAGACUGAUUAACCAGUACUGCCAGUCCUACUGGGAACAACUCAGUCCAAAACAGCAGCAGCAGCAACGCAAGCGCACCAGCCGCAGGCACACAGAGAGCCAGGACCAAGGCCUUGGCUAGAGGACGGGACUGACGCUGUCCAACACUGGCCUGUCUGGACUUUAUGGUGGACUUUUAUGUUUGAUAUGCAUGUUUGUGUAUCACCUCCAUUCAUUAAGCAGGUGAUGCUGUCAUGCUGUCAUUAAAGUACUAUAUUGGUGGUUUUGUAAGUGUCAGCCUAGAAAAUACAAAUUGGGUAUAUUUUACAUUACCGUGACCAUUUCCCAAAAAAUAUCAUACAGUUUAAUUUGAUUUUCUAUCGUUCAGGUAUCAGUUCAGGUUAGUUUGACAUUUAAAUCAACUUACAGACUUGAUACUCUACCAUAAGAAUUGUUUUAAAACUUCUUCUCGUUGGUAUGUUCAGGUGCUUGUGGGAAACCCCAGCAUCUAAAAUGUUACUGUGAUGAAAAAUAAAGACAGCUCAUUGUGAUGAAUCACAUAUUUCACGCAAGUUUGUUGUUUUGGAAAAUGGUUGACUGUGAUGGAAAGUAUAUGUGGCUUGUAGUUAAUAGAAUUAAACAUGCAAAACCACAGGUAUGGUACUUUCAAGUAUCUUGAAACAGAAAUGUAAUAUAUUGAUUGUGAAUAUAAUAUAUAUGGUCAUUGGAUUACUCUUGUAUUGUAUGAAGAUAAUAUGAUAUAAAUGCAUAUGUUGCAUGCAUAUCUGUUGUUUGUUGCAAGUUGUACAUUUUACUGUUUUCAACCUUGGUGUGUAAUAAUGUUUGUAAGGUGUAAUGUAUUCUGUUAAGCUAAAUUCCAUUGGAUGUUGUCAUAUAAUGACUCCCUUACUGUCCUGUGCUCUAGUGACCUACAGUAUGUGAGUGUUGAAGAUAUGUAAAGCGUACAGUGUUCUUCCAGUUAUGCACUUUGUCGGUGGUGGUAUUCAAGUAAAUUGGGGAUCUUUGCACAGAUGUAUGAGAAAAUGAUACAGGAACAUAAUGUUUUUUUAUGUACAGUAUGUUAUAAAAAAUGGGAAUGAAAGUGGCUCAGAUUUAGUAUUGAUUGUUGGUGUAUUUACAGAUUUUUAAAAUGGCUCUUUUUAAUGGAAGUGCAAGGAACAAGAUAUAUUCCAGUCAGAGCCACCAUUCACCUUCAUUGUGAGUAACACAGUGCUAUGUGCUGUCGUGCUGAUGAAUCCUACACUGGAAAUGUUCGAACAAAUAUAUAAACAUUUCAGAAUUCUC